UCCCUAUAGGACUCUUCAGCCGCCAGAGCCGGUACUCAGAUGGCGCUAUCUAACAUGUGCUGCGGUGGCCUCCGGCCUGCGCACAGCCUACGCAUGCGGGCCAGAGUAUCUCCACGAUUGACAAGGCUCGCACUCAUGUAUACCAUGAGGCCGACGGGACGAUUUGUUACAUUCCCUUCAUUUCGGAUGGGUGCCGACGGUAAUGAGGGUGGCUGCCUGGUACCCUCCUGGAGCGGGCGAGGGGCACACUGCAUUCCUUCACAAUUCACUCCGGAGCCUCUUUUCUUGCCCGUCGAGCUGCUCAGGCAGCACACGAGCCCCUUGUCCUGUAUCUACUUGUACCACUCACUGUCUUUUGAAGAGACCUUCCAUUCUUCUGCGCUGAGACACUUUGACAUAUUCUAUCACGACCCAUCAUGCCCCCGAAACAACCACAGCGCCAAAAUUCGUAUUUUACCAAUCUCUUGUGGAAGAAGCCCAAUGACGCAGCUAACGGCGACGACACAAAGAGUUUGUUAUCCAAAGCGUCCAAAGCGUCCAAGGCGGAUACCAAGCAGCUCGUCAGCGAGCUCCAGGCCAAGCUCGACGAGACGACGGCCGCGCUAGAUGCCAAGACACGGACAGUCGAUUCACUCGAGGACCGUGUCAGGACACUGGCCUCCUCGUUAGAGACAACACAAGCAGAAUCGCGCGACGCGAGUGCGGCUCUCCAGACUGCGGAGGACGCGAAGGCAAAACUCCAAACAGACCUCGCUGAAACGCUGAGGCGCUCUGAUGCAGGGCGACACGAGCAUGCGGAGCAAUCUGCGCAGCUAGAGGUCGCCCGGCGACAGGUUGAUGAGACCAAAUCUGCACUCGAGACGGAGCGCGCCGCACAUCUUUCAGUCGAGCAGCGUUUGAAGUCGACUGAAGAAGACCGCGACAAGUUGACGACACAGCAUGAGAAAAACCGAGAAGUCAUCUCAGCCAAGGACGUAGAACUGCAGGACGGAAUCCGACGACUGCAGACCUUGGCCUCGGAGUUGAGUGCUGUACGCGACGAGCGGAACGAACAGUCCGACCGCGCAGCGGAUCUCCAGCUUGAGCUCUCCAUCGUGACGAAGGAACGCGCGGAGCUAGACCAGCGAUGCGAGGAUUACCUUCGCCGAAUGAAGACGUUGGAGGCGGACUUGGGGAAGAAGUCGAGUGUUAUGGACGAGAUGACCGAAACUCUGGAGGCGAAAUAUGCCGACCUACAGGCAGCGAGGGAAGAGCUGGAUGCUACCCGCGUUGAGUCAGCGAGACGUUCGAUGCAGAUCGAGGAGCUGGCCGCCGAGCUCGCACAGACCUCCGACUCUCUUGAUCAGACGAGAGCACAGGCACGUGCAGACGCUGAUACGCACCUUCGCAAGCUCGACGAGCUCGAGAGACGGCACUCCCAGAGUUACGCCGAGCUGGAACGGCAGGUCGAUAGGUUGACCGCGGAGCUCCAGGCGCAAGAAGAGAGUCAUGAGCGCGAACUCCAGGCGACACAUGCUUCGCAUCGGGACGAAAUUGACACGCUUGCUGCCGAGCGCGAUGAAGUCCAACGUCGGUGCGAUGUGGCUGGUCGCGAACUCGAGGGAUUCCGGGAGGAGUACGACCGCGUCUUGAUCGACGCCGAGGCUCUCAAAGCACAAUGUGAUGAGCAGGAGUCGACAAUCCAGGACCUGCAGACAGAGCUGUCCGAGGCCGAAGGCGCUCUUGCCUCUGCGCUGCGUGCGCUCGACGCCGCCAAGGUGCAGCUCGAGGAAGGCCGCCAACGGACCGCGGAGAUCGAGCGGGCGAAGGGCGAAGUCAUCGAGGGACUAUCUGCGGACCUGUCUCACGCUCGCGAGGCACACGCUGCCCUCCGCGAGACGUUCCUCGCCACGGAUCGCCACGCAAAGGAGCUAGAGAACACCGCUCGCGCUCUUCAGGACGAGAUCCGUCAGCUGCACGCUGCCCACCAAGACGAGCUGUCCGAUUUGCUCGUUGACAAAGCCGACAUGCAACGGAAGGUCGAUGCUGCGUACGUCAGGGCCUCCGAGCUCGAUCAGAUGGUCCAGGCGGACGGCGCAAAGAUCACUCAGCUGGAGAGUGAGUGCGAUCAAGCCAAGGCGCGCAUCACUCAGCUGAACAACGUCCUCAAGGGGACAGAGGAAGCGUACGCAGAAUGCAGGGCAGCACUAUCCCAGUCCUCGCACAGGCUCAAGGCGCUGCAGGCGGAGUCCGACGCGAUCCGUCAAAAGAGCGCAGCCUCCGAGCGGGAGAAAGAGCAGGCAGUCGCUCGCCUCUCUUCCGAGCUUUCGCAGGCGUCGCAGCAGAACAAGACGCUGCAGGCGGAGCUGGACGCCGCACGCCAACGCCUCUCGGGCAUCGGCGAGAAGGACCAGGAGAUCGCGCGGUUGUACCAGGAGAUCGCGCGGUUGUCCAAGGAGCUCGCGGAUGUGCGCGAGGCACGCAACGCCCUCACCAGGAAGCUCAACUCGAGCAACGAGCAGGCGCGCCGCCAGCUCCAGCAGGCCGAAGAAAGCACCAGGAAGCGCACGGACGAGGUCAAGCAACUCCGCACAACGCACCAGGCGGCGGUCGACGAGCUCCAUGGUAAACAUAGGUCGGCGCUGCAGCAGCAGGUAAAGCAGUCCCUCCAGGAAAUCGAGAAACGAGACGCUGAGCUCCGCGCGGUUCGCUCUGACCUGGCGGCUGCGACCGCAGCUCGUGCAUCGGCUGAACAAGAGGUCAACACCUUGAAAACGACGCUUGAGAACCACAAGCACAGCGCGGGCUCGCUGGAGCGCACGAAGGACGGAAUCGCCGUACAGAUCCAUAAUGACUAUAAGGCGCAGAUAGCUGCGCUGGUGGCGGAGAAGGAGGAGUUGAUGCAUCGCUGGAACGUGCAGGUUCGUGAGCUCAAGGCUGAGCAGGUCCAGCUUUUGCUCGCUGCGAGGCGACAUGAUCGUGUUGGCCGUGGCGUAGUUGGUGGUAUAGCAGCAGCGUUGGGGUUGGCGACUGGGUUCCUCCUCUGACUAGCAAGGCAAAGGCGCAUUAAACGAACAUUGCACUAAGUUAUUUGACCCUACA